AUGGAGCUCCUAGAACGUGAAACAGAAGAAGUUGUAAUAGAGGAAGAAGUUGUGGUUGUUGGACAGCGUGAUUAUAUUUUUCCAGACUUGCAAGAUCCAGGCAUAGAUAAUGCUUUCCAUAACACUACUGAGAAGAAACCUGAAUACAAUGAAGCUGGACAAGAGUGUUAUUUAGAUGUAUGUCGGGCUCUAGGAGUAAUGCCUUCCACAAAAUUUUUAAAAUCAUUACUUGGAACAAAAGUAAAUUUUAGGUAUUAUGGACUAAAUCCAAUUUCUGUGAGAGCUAUUGCUGAAUCAUUGAUGCACAAUAAGACUGUAACAGAAGUUGAUCUUGAAGAUAACUGGCUUACUAGAGAUGCUGCUUUUCACUUGGGUGAGAUGCUUAAAGUCAAUGAGACCAUUACAAGGCUUAGUUUGCGUGGUUGUAGAAUUGGUCGAGAGGGAGCUCAGAGAUUGUGUGAAGGCAUAAAAACAACAAAGUGUGUGAAAGACUUAGAUUUAAGUUGGAAUGAACUGUGUGAUGAUGGCAUGGAAGAGCUAGCGCCAGGUCUUGGUGGAAACAGCAGUAUUGAGAAACUCAAUCUUAGCCACAAUAAAUUAGGAAAUGGAGCUGGCAUGAGCCUUGAACUUACUAUGACAGAAAAUGCAACUAUAAAGAAUCUUAACCUCUCUUGGAAUCAGCUCUAUCCAAAGGACGGGUUCACAGCUCUUUUCAAAGGACUAACUGAAAGCACUAUAACAGAAUUGAACCUGUCUUGGAAUGGAUUAGGAAAAGAUGCAGGGAAACCUCUGAAACAAUUUCUCUCAAAGAACAGAACAUUGCGAUUUCUUGAUGUCAGCAACAACAGAUUAACAGGAGCAUCUAUAAAUAUGAUUAAAGGUGGACUGCAGAAAAACAGAAGCCUUGAAGUCUUGAAAAUAGGAUUCAAUCCACUUUCACAAGAAGACUGUAUGACACUUCUUACUGUGCUACAACUGCAGCUUUCAUCAAUUAGAGUACUUGAUUUAGAGAAUGUAUGGGUAGACAAAGAAUUUUUGAAGGAGCAGACAGCAAUACUGGAACGUAAGGAAGACACUUCUGUAGUGGUAGGUGGUGUGUAUAGUAACUAUGUACUGGAAGGCCCUGACGUGAAGAAACUGCUAUUAGCAAGAGCGACAUAUGAAGGAAUGAGUGUAAAAAAGAAGAAACAACGAAAGCACUUUGGUCAUUUCCUAUUGAAGGUGGAUGAAAAGCCUAUAACUAAAAAGAAAUUCAGACAGCUAGUUGAAGAAUUUAAGAUAAAGUUGUCCGAAAACCUUGUCGGUCAAAUUAUGAAGAACUUUCAAAUAGGAAAGAAGAAAGUAGAUCCGUUAGCCAUAAAACAAUAUUAUAUGAUGCUAUACCCAGACACAAAACUUCCAGAGAAAAAGAAGAAGAAAAAGAAAGGAAAAAAGAAAAAAGGCCAACAAUCUGAAACUGAAUCAACAGCGACAGAAACUUCGACAGCUGUGUCUUCAGAUAUGGAGUAAUCCUGAAAAGAAAUGACAGGGGGAAAAAAAGAACUGCUAUUUAUUACAAGCACGUUUAUUAUAACUGAAACUGUAGUUAAGGAUUAUAAAAA